AGGACGAUGGGGAGCCGAGAAAUGGUUGCCGCCAGGAGGAAGCUGACACUUGUACGUGAGCAAUUAAGUAACUGUGAUAAAACACAAUCAGAAACAAUUAACACAGGAAGUUCAGCAGAAGGAAUUAAGAUGAUGGGCUCGGACCAAGAUCAAAUGCUAAUUCACAACUCUGUGGUAGUUAUAUGUCCUGACCAACAAAGCAGUAUCACACCAGAUAUUGCUAAUAAAACGGUAUUUAUUAUGAGAGAUACCAACAGCCGACCUGGCUAUGUAAAAUUGCAGCUGAAAGGACGGACGUGCACUUCAGACUUGUUUAAUUCGAUUGUACCUGUUGGAGAUGUACACUUUGUAUCAAGUGAAAUGUUUGCACGGUCGCUAUCAGAUCAAGUAUGUGAUGUAUUCAGGACUACCGUAAACACUCGUGGAGCAGCUACUACUACGAGUAAAAUAACUUAUACAGAAUCAGAUAUCGAUUUAGUGCGUGUGUUCGUUUGUACUAGUUGGCCAAGCGAGAGCAACGAGUGGGUGAGCAGACCUCGAUUGUAUAACUGGCCGGAUAAAUGUUUGAGAGAUAAGAUAGUACAAGGUGGUUGUCAUCUUGUCCCUGUAGGAGAUAAAACGUCAGCCGACACAUUCCUACAAUGGAGAAUUUCAUUCGCGACUGCGGAACGCAAACUCGUUCAUUCUCUCAGUCAUGUCCAGUUCCUAGUGUACUGUCUUCUCAAGUACCUUUUCAAACAGAUAUCUGGGAAGUUAAAACAAAUAUAUGGGGAUACAGAUAUCAUCUCGUCAUAUAUUAUCAAAACAACUAUACUCCAUGCAGUAGAAAACACACCUUUUUCUUUAUGGGAAGAAAAGAAUACAUUUCUUUGUUUCAUGCUGUGUUUAAAUAUUUUGGCCACGUGGGUGAGAGCAGGAUAUUGUCCUAAUUACUUUAUAUACAAGAAUAAUAUGUUCCUUGGGAAAGUUCAUGGUCACAAUCAACAAAAACUCCUCCGUUUACUUGUUAAACUCCGUGAUAUGACAUGGCGUUGUCUAUCAAUAGGAACAUUCUUCCAAUCAUCUAUAGGAGAGUAUAUCCAGAGAGUGAAAAAUGGGGCCUGGGAAAUAGUACUGCCUACACCAGCACAAUCAGAAAGAGAAACUGAUUUCACAAUAUUCGUACGGUCCUUCGUUUUGUUUCGUGCAACUGAUGUACUGCCCGCUUUGAAACUUCUGAGCAAAUCAAUGUCGGACAUGGAUGAAUUAAUAGCUUACUUCAAUACAGUACAUGCACUCUCUUUUAAAGGGAUGGAGGCAUUUGAGGAACAAGCUUCCCUCGGAGGAAACAAACAGAAGUAUAAAUCUCUUAGGAAAUGUAAGAAGUUUAUAUCACCACUUGCCGUAACUUGUACAAGUCCAGGUCUACUGACGUUGGCAACCUAUCACUACCAGACUGGGAAUUACUUGAAAACACUGGAAAUGUGUGGACACCUUAUUUCCUCGUGGAAAAUUUUCGUUGAUUGUAUGAGUGAAAAGGGUCAUGAUAGAUACGAACAUCUUUACUGUGGGCAUGGGUAUAGUCUUCUACACAAAUUUCAGCAAGCAUGUGUAUCAUACAUGUUUUUGACACAACCAUAUCCAAAUUUCUGUCCAGUCCAUUUACAACAAGAGCUAACGAACGUCAGUAGUAUAAAACUGCUAAUCCCACCACUCCCUUACGCCGUGUUCCUGACCUUCCUGUGUUACCAUGAGCUUAACGAUACAAGAAGACGUGACGCAGCACUGAUCGAACUUCGGGCCGUGAAAUAUGAUAAGUACCAGGGAGGAAGCAAAUACUGGAUUGUCCACAACCUCUUAGGAAUCUGUUACGAAAUGGUCGGUGACCUACGCAGUGCUCGCAGGGAAUACAAGGACUCUCUGGGUGGUACAAGAGGUUAUCAACAUCAAAAUCCUGCUAUGGAGAGGAUAGAACGACUGGAGCAUUAACUAUAACGACAAAACUUGAUUUUCUAUAUUUUUUUAGAUACUAGGCACACUAUCAACAUCACUGAAUCGUACUGCGUGUAAUAAUUCAACAUGAUGACCUUGUAUCGCUGAUUCGAAAAAUAAAUUGUUAAAGCUUACAGUCCAAAAUAAAAGAACUUCCGAUUGAGGUUUAAAAAUACGAAGUUUCAGUAAUUAGAAAUCUUUUCGGAAAUGUACUCCAAUGAUUACAUUAGGUCCCAUUCAUCGUAUCUAAGGAAGUGCCGCCAUUUUAGUUUGUGCAUGGCUUGGAGACGCAUACCCGGAAGCGAACCCGUGCACACUAUGUAUUAAUGUGAAAGAAUAACAAAAUAAAUCCCCAGAGGGACAGAAGGAAAUUAGGAGGGGGCAGAUUGUAAGGAAGACUUAACAUAGAGGAACCAAGACAUGCUGAAGGAGGCGUACAGCAUGUAAAGUGUUAAGAAUUCGCACAGUAUGGUUUGGAAAUUAUACGUGGUUCUGACAAAUGAAAAAAGAGACAUUAAGGGAAUAUGGCGUCGAAGAUGAAUUUCAAUUUAUUAUUCCAUGUUUCUUUCUUAUUGUUUGAAGCUACGAGAAGUUGUUUAAUAUGUAUAUGAUACUGAUGAUUCGGAUAACUCCAAGUUUUGAACUUAACUUUAACACGGAGUUUGAUGAGGACAAAAGACUUGAGCCCAGUGAUUUGUUAUAUAUGUGAAAUAUUAUUGUAAGAUAGCUAAUGGGUUUGGCAUGGAUCCAUCUCUACCAAGACGAUUUUUUCCAACUCUCCAUCAGGUCUAAGCUGCUCGAUCCCAGUAUAAUUAUGUAAUAACAUUUAUUAUAUGAUCGGUAUGUAGCACUAUCACUCAUUGGUCCUAAUCAGAUCACAUGCCAUCAAUUACUUCCUUGGCCAUACCCCCAUGACAUCACCGAGGAGUCAAUAUAAUAUUUCGUCAGGUCCGUUGAAAGUAUGUCAUAUAUGCUGAAAGGUAUUUUUAGCAGAUGUUAAUAAAACUUUCCAUGGACCUGGCGAAACGUUAUAUUCAACUUCCGGUGAUAUGAUGAGGUAUUUUAGAGGAACUUUUAUUUAGUUUUGUCUUUAAAUAAGUACAAUAACGUAACUGCAGACUUUAGUUUCGGAAAAUCCAUGGUUUUAGGGACCUGCCCUGAACAAUAUCCACCUCGGCCUUCGGUCUCGGGAAAUAUUGUCAAGGUAAGGUCCGUAGAACAAUGGAAUAUUCUCAACAAAAGUCUGGAUUUGUAAUGAUGUUGUUCCAUCUUAUUUGAGAAAGACAAAACCAAGCCGAUUACAGCCUUUAUCAUUUGUAUAGUUUAUGUAGCUGUGCCGGUAUGGUAUCUGUAUUCUUACAUGUUUCGCCCUUGGAUUUAUUAGUUAUAGCCAAAUAUUUCAGAUCUGGAUUUUGGAUGUUUACGUGUCAAACUGUAUGCUUUUUAUACUAUAUUUGAGUCAAUAUCUUUUUCGAUUAAGUCAAAUUGAUCUAAGUAAAAUAUGUUGUAUAAUUAAUAAAAUACUGCA